CGCGGAGGGGCGGCCGGGCUGGGGGGUUUGCAGCGCGCUGCAGCUGCCGUGAAUGUGCAGUCGGUGGAGGGCGGUUAGCCAUUAGCCGAGCUCCGGAGUGGUGUAUUGUGGGAUGCCUGAGAAGCAAGCAGAAAGCACAAUAUGUGUUGGCUCGCGAAAAAAAGGAGGCAGGAGCCUUUCCCGAGCAAUGUAAUGUAACCAGCCCGAUGCGAGAAGGAGCUCGCCUUUGGCGGCCGGCAGGCGAUCGGCCACCCCAUGCAAUGUCUUUCAAAGAGAUCCAGGCAGGAGAGAAAGCCGCGCACCCUUGAAGACCCAGGCAAAAAACAGAGUUCAAGUCGGAGCCGCGGCAUGGAGAACAACGCACCAGCCGGCGCUUCUGUCGAGAAGAGGAAUCACCAUUGGAGAAGUUACAAGUUGAUUAUUGACCCGGCUCUGAAAAAAGGACAGCACAAACUCUAUCGUUACGAUGGGCAGCAUUUUAGCAUGCCUAACUCGGGAAUUGCCCCGGUGGAUUGUGUCAGAGAUCCCAGGAUAGGACGGAUAUGGACCAAAACCAAGGAGCUGGAGCUCUCUGUUCCCAAAUUCAAGAUCGACGAGUUCUACGUGGGGCCGGUGCCCCCCAAGCAGGUCACCUUCGCCAAGCUGAAUGACAACAUCCGUGAAAACUUCCUGACCGACAUGUGCAAGAAAUACGGGGAGGUGGAAGAGGUGGAGAUCCUCUACAACCCCAAGAACAAGAAGCACCUGGGCAUUGCCAAAGUGAUCUUUGCCACCGUCAAGGGGGCGCGAGAAGCCGUCCAGCACCUGCACAACACCUCGGUCAUGGGCAACAUCAUCCACGUGGAGCUGGACACCAAAGGUGAAACCCGCAUGCGGUUCUAUGGCUUGCUGGUGAGCGGUCUUUACACUCCUCAGACCCUUCCCGUAGGCAACGAACAGGAUGCCUCGCCCACGGUGAAUGAAAAUCUGCAGCUGACGGAGUCUCUAAAACGCCUGAAAGACAGUAACCUUUCUUCUGCGGGAUCAUCCGUCACCCCAAACAGUAGCACCCCGUUUUCCCAUGACACAGCCUAUUCCAGCUGUCGGCAAGACACCCCAAACUCAUACAGCCAAUAUACCCCCCAGUCCCAAGGCACCCCCCUUACCCCGCGGCUGGGGACUCCGUUUUCCCAAGACUCAACCUAUUCCAGUCGUCAGACGACACCGGUGUACCAUUACGGACAGGACUCUGGGUAUAAACCCAGGAGACACGACACAAAAUUUACAGAUGCCUACAAUAGACGGCAAGGACAUCACUAUGUCCAUAACUCGGCAGGUGUUUACAGAGGGUCGGAGCAUCAGUUUAACACAUACAAAUCUCAUCAGCCAGAGCCAGUACAAUAUUCUCACACUCCUUCCUUGAGCCAUUCUGGCUCUUCGAGUUACAAAUCUGCCUUCUCUCCGUACCAAGCGCCAGCUGUAUUUCCUCAGUCCGAGGAGCAGCAGUUUCCCCAGACUUCCAGAGAUGCUGAGUACCGAAGACCCGCGCCACCGCCGGCUGAGACGGCGGCGGAAGGUAGCGCUGCUACCAACGUUGAUUUUGUCCCUGUGAAAGAGAAGCAGGAGGAACCCCCGCCCCUGCCAGAAUCCAACUGUGUUACUGAGCAAAGCACGGCGUCCUUCUCUCAGACUCCAGAACGGAGCGAGACGCCUGGCACCCCCACCAUGGAGUCUGAAAUGCAGCAUAACAGUUUAGACUCAAGGAUCGAGAUGCUCUUGAAGGAGCAGAGAACAAAGUUACCUUUCCUCAACGAACACGACUCGGACAAUGAGAUCCGCAUGGAAGGCAGCCCCAUCUCUUCCUCCUCCUCCCAGCUCUCCCCAAUCCCCAUGUAUAGUUCCAACUCCCAGCCCAGUUACCGAGGUCAGACACCAUCCUCGCGCCCCUCCAGCACUGGCUUGGAGGAUAUUAGUCCCACGCCAUUACCAGACUCCGAUGACGAUGAGCCCAUCCUUGGGGCACCUGCUCUGGGCCAGAAUUCAAGGGCAACAUCAGAGGCCAGUAUGACUCCUAUCGAUCAGCUGAAUAGGACGUCCAAACCUGAGACCUCUGAAACCAAGGAAAUGGUGCCUGGUGACCGGAGUCCAGCGUCAGAAAAAAUGGAUGAGGGUCAGCAUUCGUCAGGGGAGGACAUGGAAAUAUCCGACGACGAAAUGAAUUCUGCACCGAUCACCAGUGCAGAGUGUGCCAAAACCAUCGUGGUGAACUCCUCGGUCAACAACUCGUCUGUGAUGGCUCCCUCGAUACCCAUGCCCCCGCCGGGGUUCCCGCCUCUUCCGCCCCCGCCCCCGCCCCAGCCAGGCUUCCCCAUGCCACCGCCUCUGCCACCGCCGCCUCCACCCACUCACCCGGCGGUCACCGUCCCUCCACCUCCUCUCCCCGCACCGCCUGGGGUCCCCCCACCCCACAUCUUGCCUCCCCUUCCUCCGUUCCACCCGGGCAUGUUUCCCGUCAUGCAGGUGGAUAUGAUAAGCGUCUUGGGCAACCAGUGGGGUGGCAUGCCCAUGUCCUUUCAGAUGCAAACUCAGAUGCUGAGCCGGAUGAUGCAGGGCCAGAACACCUACCAGUACCCACCGUUCAUGGGGGGCCGGAUGCAGUUUGUGAAUCUUCCUCCCUACCGCCCCUUCUCCAUGGGGGCAGUCAUUGGCCGCGGGCAGCAGUGGCCCCCGUUGCCCAAGUUUGACCCCUCCGUUCCCCCGCCGGGUUACGAGCCAAAGAAGGAAGACCCGCACAAAGCUACCGUGGACGGCGUCCUCUUGGUGAUUGUGAAAGAACUGAAAGCAAUCAUGAAAAGGGACUUGAACCGCAAGAUGGUCGAGGUGGUGGCGUUCAGGGCGUUCGACGACUGGUGGGACAAGAAAGAACGUCUGGCAAAGGCAUCGCUCACUCCAGUGAAGUCGGGAGGAGAAGUGGAGGAGAAACCAAAGCCGAAGGAUCGGAUCACGUCCUGUCUCUUGGAGAACUGGAACAAAGGAGAAGGGCUGGGCUACGAGGGAAUUGGCCUGGGCAUUGGGUUGCGAGGAGCCAUCCGCCUGCCGUCUUUCAAGGUGAAGAGAAAGGAGCCGCCCGAAGCUGCCUCAGCAGGGGACCAGAAGAGGAUCAGACCCUCCACUUCCAUUGACGAUGAAGAUGAAGAAUCUGAAAGGGACAGAGACGUGCCCGACGUGUCUUCCGACCUGUCCAAGAGCAACGCGGAAGCGGUAGGCGUUAGGCGGCGGCCAGCAAGACCACUGGAGCUGGACAGCGAGGGGGAGGAAGGCGAUGAGACUUCGGGCAAAGAAGAAGAAUCCUCAUCAGAAAAGGAAGAGGAGCCGGAGGAAGCGGGAGGACUGGUGAAAGCAGUGCCUAGCAAGGAGGAGGAGGAGGAAGAGGAUGAAGAUGCUGAUGAAGAGGAGGAGGAGGAGGAGGAGGAUGAAGAAGCAGGCAUAGAAAUGAAUGAAAAGGAAGAGGAGCCAGACUCUGAGGAAGAAGAUGCAGCGAGUCCCUCAUCCUCCAAAGCGGAAGUCGAGUCAUCCGACGAAAGCGAGGACUCCUCGGAAUUUGAGUCCAGUUCUGAUUCUGAUGAAGACGAGGAGGAAGAUGAGGAGGAGGAGGAGGAAGAUGAGGAGGAGGAGGAAGAUGAGGUGGAAGAGGAGGCAGUGGCUGAAGACCAAGACAGAGAAGGCAUGAUGGCUGACACCGAGCUUCAGCCUGCCACUCAAGAGCCACCCGAUGAAGAAAAAGAGACCAUCCUGGAGCUGUAUCCGGUGGAUGACUACAUGGAUGCAACCAGCCUGGGACUCGGGGAACCAGCCCUGGUCGAAAAACCAGAAGAAAUGGAAGAAAUCAAGCCAGGAGAAAAUGAGUGUAGUGAAGUGCCGGAAGCAUCUAUUGCUGCUGAAACUCUGGUGGAUAUGGAGCGAGAGCAGGAGGAAAAGCUCGUGCCGUCCCCGAUCUGCGUGCCAGUGGGGGAGCCUGAGCCAGACGCUGCGCCAGAGCCCGAAGCACUCGAGGGUCCAAAGCCUGAAUCUCAAGGUGAAGAAGAGAGCGUCUGUCCCCCGACACCAGCGGGAGCGUUUGGAGAGCCCCUGCCCAGCAAGAGCAGCUUCUUCAGCAAGUCCGACGACAGUGAUGUAGAAGCGCGAGUUAAGGUGAGAGUUUCCUCUGCAGCAGAGGAAGAGGACAGACUGCCUCGGACUCCUGGACGGGAGGCGACGGUCCAUUCGGAUCCUGAUACUCCCAUACUUCCCGCUCAUAAGGCGCCACCCUCUACGCUUCCCCUGCCAUCCACGCCCAGCAAAGAGGAUCCUUUGCUCCCUCCAGAGAGGUUCCCAGAACAGCUAACUGUGACCAAAACACCCCUGGAAGAGGAUAUCCCCAGGACACCCGGGCGGGACAUUUCAGCCAAGUCUCCGCACAUCCUUGCAAAGUCGCAGAGUACUGACACUAUUCCAGUCACCCCCGGAAGCGACGGUCCGCUCACAGGGAGCAGCCUGGCCUUAAGUUCCCCCCAGGUCCCAGGGAGCCCCUUUUCCUACCCAUCCCAGUCUCCUGGGAUCAACAGUGGCAUUCCUCGAACUCCCGGGAGGGAUUUUAACUUCACACCCACGUUCUCCGAGACCGGUGCUACCAUUCCUUGCCUGUUGUCUGGCAAGAAGCCAUCCGAGGAUGAGCUAGAUGAGAAACCUUUCAAAGAACCUCCUAGUGCUUCCUUAAUGGUCAGCGUGAACAGUGUCCCUUCCCCCAUUCCCUUUGCCAGCCCUCCCAAUGCAGAUUUCCACACAGACCUAGAGUUGCCACCCGUCGAGGUGGUGCCGGGGGCAGCUCUGCCAUGCACGCCAGCAGACGGGAAGAUAUCCAGAGAGGACGGCAAGGCAGAAGUGAAAUCGGUUUUGCUCUCGCCGGAAGCACCUCUCAUUGCUGCUGCUAUUCUUCCUCCCCCUCCUCCUCCUCCUUCCGUUCUGCCCCCCAAAAGGAAACCGGGUCGGCCGAAACGAUCGCCCCCCUCUGUCCUUUCGCUGGAUGCCUAUUCUGGCAGACCCGUGGAUCCUCCUCCUGUCCCAGUGGCCUUGAUGGAAAGUGCCGUGAGCAAAGAGCUGCUGGGCGGACAUCCCGAUGCUUUUUAUGGGUUGAAAGUUCCUGAAGCAGUCACCCUGGACUUCAGGAAUGACGGCUUCCACGAGAAGGUGCCCCCGGAGGCCGUAGCCGAGAAACUCCCGUUUAAGGAACUGGAGAACCAGUGGAACGAGGAUUUCAAAGAAGAAGAGCUUCACGCGAAACCUAAAAGACAGUGGCGAAGGCAGAAGAAGACACCUGAGGACAUCCCACUUAUUCCUUCCCCGGAGUAUUCCCCACCCCGGCCUGUCUUCAGGCCCCGCUCCGAGUUUGAGGAGAUGACCAUUUUGUACGAUAUUUGGAACGGGGGAAUAGACGAAGAAGACAUCAAGUUCAUGUGCAUCACGUACGACCGCUUGUUGCAGCAAGAUAAUGGUAUGGACUGGCUCAACGAUACCCUGUGGGUAUACCACCCUCCUACCAGCUUUUCCACCCCGAAGAAGAAGAAGCGGGACGAUGGGAUGCGGGAGCACGUUACCGGCUGUGCACGAAGCGAAGGCUAUUACAAAAUCGAUAAGAAGGACAAACUUAAAUACCUCAACAACAGCCGCGCGUUCGCAGAGGAGCCGCCAGCUGAUACGCAGGGAAUGAGCAUCCCUGCUCAGCCUCAUGCUUCCACCCGGGCUGGCUCCGAGAGGAGGUCGGAGCAGCGCAGGCUUCUCUCGUCUUUCACCGGGAGCUGUGACAGCGACCUACUCAAAUUUAACCAGCUCAAGUUCCGGAAGAAAAAACUAAAAUUCUGCAAGAGCCACAUUCACGACUGGGGACUUUUUGCUAUGGAGCCCAUCGCAGCCGAUGAGAUGGUGAUUGAAUACGUGGGCCAGAACAUCAGACAGGUCAUUGCUGACAUGCGAGAGAAACGAUAUGAAGAUGAAGGCAUUGGGAGCAGCUACAUGUUCAGGGUCGACCAUGACACCAUCAUCGAUGCCACAAAAUGUGGAAACUUUGCCAGGUUUAUUAAUCACAGCUGCAAUCCAAAUUGCUACGCUAAAGUCAUCACCGUGGAGUCCCAGAAGAAGAUUGUCAUCUACUCGAAGCAGCACAUCAACGUGAACGAGGAAAUUACCUACGACUACAAGUUUCCGAUCGAGGACGUAAAAAUCCCAUGUUUGUGUGGCUCUGAGAACUGCAGAGGGACCCUGAACUAGCCCCCAGGCUCCUCGUCAGACUUGCACCUUCAGCCAUGUCAGGACUGGGGUAACCAGGUGUGGUUGCACUUUGCCAAAAAACAAAAUACACACACACACACACACACACACACACGCACACGCACGCGCACACACACGCAUAACAAAAAAUAUAAGAAAGAGAAGAAAACGGAGCAAGUUUCGCACUUCUGUCAGGAUCGUGAACGAAAGCAAAACGCACACAUGCACACAAAGACUGUUCAUGUUUCAGGUGCUCUUCCUCUUCAGAUCCAACACGCGCACAGAAAGGUGAUUACCAUUUUGUGGCACAGUAUAUCCAAACACUAGCUUCUCUCUGUUCGGUCCCUACUUUAUUGCUCACAAAGGGGAUAACGGUACCUUUUUUUGUUGUCGUCGUCGUCGUUGUACAAACCUUUGUCUUUCCAUAAAUGCUGCUACCUUUUUCUCAUCAAUUUUGUUGGUUGAAAAAGAUAUUCAAUGUUUAAAUGUGAAGCAGAGACUGAAAAAUGCCAUAUAGGUUUGUUGGGAGCUGGAUUGGCUGAAAUUGCACAGACUUCUCAGAGUAAGCUGUAAAUAAAUGUAAGGUCGAUGUUACAGAGCCAGCCAGUGGCUUGGAGGAUGCAUGUGUUUGUGUGCAUGGGUGUGGGUGUGGGUGUGGGUGUGUUUGGUUGUGUCCACGGUGAGACUAGUGAUGAACUGUCCUGCCUUUUCAUUAGAGAUGAGCCUGAACAAGCCCCAGGCGUGCUGGGGAACGCUCAGAUCUGGAACGGACCUGAGCCUAGAGCCUCGGGCUCAUCUCUAAUUUUCAUACGCCGUGCUGGUAUUUCGGGGGGAUCAAUACCUCUGCACCCAUCCAGGAGAAAACGUUUGAGACCAUAAUCUCUAUAAUUCAUACAUUGAAUCAUUUACUCAGCCCCUAUUUGCAAAACGCAGCCCAACAAACGGCCUCUUCUGUAUCCACACUGCUAGUGGAUCUCCUUGCCCUGCCUCCGCAGCACCGCGGUUGAAAUGAAAUGAUCGCUACAGUCGUUGCUCACGCUGUAGAAAUCCUACCCUCCUUUAAGCAUACACUACUCCAGCUGUUUAUCAAGGAUGGCACUGAGAUUUCUUCUCCUACAGCGAGCAGCCGAUGGGUGGGUUUCUCUCCUUGAUUUUUCUUCCUCUCCUGCUGUGACAGCUUUGCAUGCGGCGCGUACGAGUGAAACUCCUGCCGGGCUACUAGUGGACAGCCGCCUGCUAGCCUCUUUCACAGUCCCAAGUAAAUGAUGCCAGGGUUAGUCCUAUUCAUUCCAGUAGGACCAGGGGUAAGAUAGCAUUCGGUGGGGGGAGCAGGAUCUGUCCCGUACUGCCUACAGCACGGAAAUCAGUCGUUCUAUGUGGAAGGCCUCUCUUUAAAACAAGACGUGUUUUCUCUUUAGGGUGUAUUUGAUCAUUGUAAGCGUACGUGGAAAUGAAAUCCUCAGAGUUACGAAAGGGGUUUCCAGUGCAAAUUAGCCAGAAUCCCGCCGAAGCUUUUCUUAGGUUAUGGUCUCACCAUGUGAGUUGACGGCUCACCAAGAGACAUAAUUAGUCUUUCAACCUACAUUGAAUUCUUUCCACUUAAGAGUUAAACUUGUUGUACCAAGCAGUUUUCCAAAUGAAUUUACAGAGGGAAACUUCUCAGACGUAAUUGUGAAACCAACAUUAUCGCAGUAACGAAGAAGCUUUUCCCACGCAAAGCUGGACAGUUAAGUCCCAAACCCUUUUCUGGUGGGCGACAAUUAUUGUCUGACCACAGCUCAGCGAUCGGGUGUCCAUACGUUUCCUACAAGUUCUCUCUCUGUUAUAGCGAUUUCCCAGGCCCGUUGCUGACUGUAGCCUAUGGUGAGAGGUAGGGGCUGGAUUUCGGUUUUGUUCUUCAAAAGGCCUAGAGGAACAGGAACGCGGGAGCCGAUGCAAGCUGCCUUAAGCCUCUUUGCAUGUCUAGCGCAGGACCGUGAGGUUGUUCUUGCUACUGGCCAGUUCGUAGUCUCUUGUUUUUGUGUCGCUCUGUUUUCUUGGAUGAAAUGCUGUCUUGAAAAUCUCUUCUGCAGUUGGAUAGUCAUGACCCAAAGGUCUACAUUUUUUAUUAGAAGCACAAAUGGUUUCUGUCUGAGAGUUGGCUACUGUGGCUAUUAAAUUAAACCAGCCACUUUUUUUCUUAAUAUGGUUCUACUUGCCAUACUCUUGCUCUAAUUAGCAUGUCUGCAGCUUGGCCUUUUAUACUUCCAAAUCUUUGGAAAUGCCCCUAAGUUUCAUGUGUUUCAGAAAAGAAGUCCUAAAUAUUAAAUUUUUGCUAAUUUCUAAGCCGUCCUCAUCCCAUCAAACCAGUUUAGAAAUGCAGCAUGAGUCUGUGUUAACAAUAUAAUGUGUCCUGUUACAUCGGUGGCCCCGCUGGAUUGUGAGAGAUGACGGGUCUGUCCCCCGUAAUUGUGUCCGUCUGCAAUAUGGAGAAGCAGACCAUACAGAUUUUUUCUGAGGUUUUUGAAAACAGAGAGUGAAAGUAUAGUUUCCUCUGAUAAAAUUUCGAGAAGCACCUACAUGGUUUAGGUUCUGAAUCCAAUAGGUUUCUAAGUCACUUAGGCACUUUUGACUCUUAGAUAACUAACCUGAUUUUUUUUUCAAAAGUGCUGAUCAUCCUUCAGCUUCCACUGAAGUCAGCUGGAGCUGUUCAGUGCUUUGCACUUUUGAGAAAACCCGGUGUCUGUCUUAAUCUAGAUGUGGACUCAGAGCAUGAAAUAAGACUUCUGGGGUCUGUCCCCCCCCCAUUUUGGCCUUCAGGUCCCAGAAUACACAGCUUCCAUCUUUGACCGAGCAUCUUAUGGCGAGACGUGUGGUCUGCAGUGGAUGUCUUGGUUAAUGUUAAGCGAGCGACUGUAACCGCCUGCAUUUGAUGCAGACGAGUUGCAGCUUUCUCCUUCCUGACAAGUCACCCGGGUGGUCGUGGUGGGCACUCAGCAGAUACGAAUGUGUUUGUAGAGUAUUGCACCAGCUAAACACAUCUCUGGUUCCUCCUCGUUCCUACAGCCAGUCUCUGCAAGGGCUCGAGAUGAUCGAGCGAAAGGAAGAAAGCAGAUUCUGUGUAAUGUAGAGACAUCAGCCAAAGGCUGGCACAGCGUCGUGCCUUGCUAACCGGGGUCUGGCGACGCCAUCAGAGGCACAUGAUAAAUGGAUGUAAGGUGGACAGCUUGCGGGCGGGGGAGAAGAGCUGAGAUUCACAUUUACAAAACAUUUUGCUUGCUGAAGGUAUUCGUAGAAAUACGUGUACUUCUGGAGCGGCACAUCCCAAAUUUUGUCCUAAAACCAAACCAAACUAAAAAUGAGAUUGAAUUGCGUUCCCUAUUAAAAUGUCACCCUCAAAAAGAUCACAUUGAAUGUCUCUGCUAAAUUAAACACUCCCGGAGAACAGUGCAAACGUUUUGGAAAUGUAACCGCAAGUCUUAUUUUUCCCAAGUAUGAAUGAACUGGUUUGAGUUAAGUACGUAACUGUGUUAGCCGUUGGCAUAUCCAGGAAACACAGUCUGUGCUCGAAAACCCUGCAUGCCCUUGCCUGCCACGGUCAUUUAUCUCUUCGUUUCACACCCACGGUCUCCACUUCCAAAACCACGGUGGGUCCCAAUAACCGAGCAGUAACUAUCAGGGGGCGGGCGGGAGGGAUGGAGAAAAAGGGUCUCAUCUUGCAGAUAUUUAUAUUGUAUAGAGCAGCUUAUUUCUACAAGAAAAAAAAAGCAUUUUUUAAACUCUGACAAAAGUAUACAGUAGUUUCAGUUCUGGUUUUUGUGACCUUUUUCAGGGAUCAUUUCAGUGCAUUUCUGUAUAAAAUAAAAAUUUAAGGAAAAAAGGAUUUUGAAGUUUAAAAAAAAAAAAUGCAUCUUCUGUACAUAGGCAAACUUAAAAAUCUUCUCUUCAAACACUGUUUCUUGUAGAAACAUGUUGAAAUUUUUUUGCUGAUUUCUUUGUACUUCAAGAGCAUGUAAAUAAUUUAUUAAAAGUGACUAUUGUAAUUUGGAGUUCUUUUUAAAAAGAUUCCAGCUCUAACUCGUGUCGGGAAGACGGGGCGGGGGAAGGAAUGCAUAUAGAAAAAGAGCUGGCGGCAUUUACAGCUUGUGUCAAGCUUUGUAUAAUGUACAUUCUGUAUAAAUUUCUUUUUUUUUGUCAAAUAAGUAGAUGAAAUUAGAAGCAUUAAGAAACUGAAGACAAAAAAAUGCCAAGUUGAGGCUUCCUUUUUUUUUUUUGUUUUUUUUUUUUUCUUUUGGCAGUCUGAAACCUAACGUGCAAAAUCUAUUUAUUUCAAGCGAGGAAAUAUGUAUAGUCUAUGAAUAGACAACCUAAAAUGUAUUUAAGCAAAUUUGCAACUGGGGUUUGUUGUUUUUUUUUUUUUUUGUUGUUUAAUGUCCUCCUUAAUUGCCACUAUUGUAUUUGUACACGUGAAAAGAAACACAUUGUAAAGGACACUCUAAAUCCAACAGGCAGUUUAAAAAAUGAAAUCUAAAAACUGCCCUCAUUCCUUGCUGUUUCAUGGCUUAUGUAAACAGGUGGUUUUAAUUCACAGUGUGAAAGUAAAAGGCCUCCUUUAAAAGGAGGCAGGUAAAAUGGUUUGCAAUAAAUACAAAUUCUGCUUUUUUUUAAGUUCCUUUUUUAAAAAAAAAAAA